AUGGAGGCAAGCAAGGUGAAGCCUCUAGGCAACAUCUCGCGUGAUGACGUUCGCCACACGCUGCACACGCACUUCCACUCGUCGAAACCUGCUCCUCGCCCUUCCACCGGUGGCGGCGCGGCCAUUCCCGUCUCCAACCGCAAGCGCGUCUUCUCGUUUGUCCAGGUGCAGAAACCCAAGACUGAGGCGGAGAGCAAGCGACUAUUUGGGUCCGCAGCGAACGCAGGCAGAUACUUUGUCCUCUGUGUGACUAUACAAGACGCAAAUAAUACAGAUAAACGGCUGGAGCUGCAUUACGUGCUACUGAUGAGCAACUUAUCGGUGGAUGUGCGCAAUUCCUGGAAUUUGAGUAAACUGGACACCAUCGAGCACAAUGGCAUCGGCCCGGAGAAACCCAAGGGGGCAUUCGCGCUGUUCUUUAGUGAAGAAUCGACCUCGUGGCCGUGGCUUGUGGAGCCGAGAGAGAGCGCAACGGCAAUGCACGAGUUUCUAUGGAGCCUGGGUGCCAUUAUGGCUCAGAAUAAAACCACACUUCCGAGAUUCGUGCGGAUAAAUAUUGAGGAAUUACACGAGACUGCUACGCGGCUGACCCUGCAGAAAGUAUACGAUCUGGAUAUCGAUCUCGUUCAAUGUGUGGUACACCCGAACGCCACGGAGGAGAGUGGGAAGAAAACCACCGAAAGCCACGCAGGGAUCGACGUUUCUGGUCUGCGCCUCGCGUCUCCUGAGAGCAAUGAAGCGCUCAGCUUGCUAAAUGAAAUCGACUGGAGCGACGUACAGUUGUCUGCUGUUGAAGAAAAUCUCCGUAAAAAGUUGCGAGCUUUAGAGGACGAGAACAUCGCGUUCCUGCUCUCGUUGGAUGGAGAAUCAGCUGCCCCCUCAGCAAAGAACAACUCCAAUAUUACAUCUGUAGACAAGAUCUUGGAGGCCAUCGACGCGGUGCAGAACCGAAUUACCCUGAUUCAAGACUGGACUGACGAGUCGGACGAGUAUCUUGGCCAGACAUCCAGUAGUAUGAAACACUUUGAGGCUCUCAACAACCAACUGGAGAUGCACUUCAAGAACAGCGUGGCGUUAGAAAAAGUAUUGGCAAAGGUGAUGAGUCAAGUGGACGUUUCUAACGAACACAUGCGGAUUUUUACAUCCCCAGUGGACGUUUUCCCGGGUGACGUAGCAGGAAGCACCUCUGGCGUUAUGAAAGACAAGACAGGCGACGUAAGUCAUGACGUUGGCGUGACGGAGCGUGUCCGAACUGCUAUUGCUGCUAUGGACCAAGCCAUCAAGUCCACGAACGAGUCCCCAGCAAGCGAGAUGGCUGCUCUCCGAGCACGCGGAGACGAGUUGUCCAGACUGGCUUGGACAUUUGGGGAGAAGCUGUGUGGCUCAUUCGAAUCCUUUCUCCAGCGAAAGAUAAAGCACGACGAGAUGAACUGGAGCUUCAGCAACGAAGCUCUUCACAACACGCUUGUCGACUACCAGUCUCUUUUCGCUCACGUACACUCCCUGGAUCCGCGCAUCCUUGUCUCUUUGAGGCAGACGUAUAGUAAGCAACUCGCGGGGAUCUACAAUGCCCACGCGCUGUCCCUCUUUCGUUGUUUAAGGGACAGACUACCGCGCACAACAAAGCACCACUUCCACAAGCCAACGUCGAUUCAAUCCAGAGCGAUCUCCCUCUCGUCCUCGUUCUUCAGUGUGGGCGACACUAUGUGCGCGGCGCCGUUAAUGCAGCAAGCGCUGGACCAUCUCACUCCGUUGAUACUGAGGGAACAGCGACUGGUAGCCAGCCUCUUCUUCCCUGCCACGCCGAGUACUACUGGGGGCAAACACGAGCCUGAAGACUUGACGUUCAUGAUGGAGAAUGUCUUUGAGAAGCUGCUGAAACGGAUGAACGAGUUUGGCGACGCGGCAGGAACGCGCAACACUCUGGACGCACUGUCGCUCGUCGUUCUCGUGAAUGGGAAGCUGGAGGCGUGUCGACAGCAGAGCGCGUUCCUGUACAACGUCAUGGUGAGUUUCCAGCUGCAGAUGAAGCGCAUGUUGAUCAAGUUCACAGAAGACCAGGAGGCGUGGAUAAUUGCUCAGAGUGUGGACACAAAGAUGGCUGGUGUACUUGGUCCGACGAAGAAAAUUGUGAACUUGAUCGCUCGGAUGGAAGAGAGCGUUGCUGGCAAGAGCAGUGACAGCACGCUGGUGUCCAUCUACAACAUGAUUGUGCCCGCUACGAUGCACUGGAUCGAUAAAGUGGCAGACACGAGACCAAAGUACGCCCCGCUGACUCGCCUUGAAAACUUCCUCUUUCUCAGUGACAACUUGAAGAAUAUCAAUCCCUCAAAGGACCUGCCACUAGCUCAGUAUGCCGUCGAAGCCCACGAACGAUACACGGAGAAUCUGCAACGUUAUGUGGCGUCAGUCUGGGAGUACGCGUUCAAGCAACUCGUGCCCAUGAUCGCAUCGAUAGAGUCGCUGAUGGCGACGGUACCGGCGGCUGAGAUCCAGUAUCACUUGCCACGCCAAGACGUGCGACGCGUUCUUGACUCGACCGCAUCCACAUUCGAGAAAUCUGUUCGUGUCAUGCACGAUCGCUUGAAGAAGCACUUUCGGGAGAAUUCGAAGAUGCUGCCAAGCGUGUGGAAGCAGCUGGUUGCGUAUGGGAGUAGUCGGAUGGCUGUGUACGCGCUUGUUACAGGAGACUGCUACCAACUGCGUUUUGAGCCAUCGCCUGAGCGCGGGUUGGAACUACUAAACAAGUUUGCGUUCAGCUAAGUAACAAUGCUCCAAUUAGCACGUCAUAGCGAUGUACGUAACCUCGCUGGCCUUUUUGUACUGCCGUUUUA